AUGACAGAUGCGACAACCUCCGAGAUGAGACGUACGCAAGUGUCCGUCUUUGCAUACUUUGUUCACACGGAGUCUGACGGAGAAGAGAGAAGAGACGGAGGCAAGGUGACAGGCAAGCAAGCAAGCAAGCAGGGAAGACCUCGAAAGUCGAGACAUGUUCGUCCUGCGCGCUUGCGAACAGACGUCAGACACCAAAAGUGUGCUGGUGCUUGA